GUCGCCAUUUUCACGGCAGCCUUAAAAUGGCUGAAAAAUGCGAGGCGGCGACGGGCACGCGGAGUCGCUUUCUCGUGUAGGGUGAGGAGCGCCGCGCUCUCGCGCUUCCCGCCCGCCCUGCCCGUCGCUGCCGGAGGGGGGCGAAUGGCCGGCGGCCGAGCCGCGCGCAGGUGAAGAGUCUGAGGCGGAAAAGGAGGAGACAGACUAGCUAGUAGUAGUGUGUACGAGAGAAAAGAAGAAAGAAAGAAAGAAAGAAAGAAAGAAGGAGAGAAUCAAACGGUAACGAAAUCAUGGACGUGAAAACCGCCGUGUUCAACGCCGCCAGGGACGGGAAGCUGAAACUUAUGCAGAAGUUGCUGAGCAACAAGAGCGCCGAGGAGCUGGAGGCGCUGGCCGAGGAGAAGACGCAGGGCGGCACGCCGCUGCUCGUCGCCGCCCGCUACGGCCACCUGGACGUGGUUCAGUACCUGCUGGAGCACUGCAAGGCCAACGUGGAGCUCGGCGGCUCCGUCAACUUCGACGGCGAGACGAUCGAGGGCGCGCCGCCGCUCUGGGCGGCCUCGGCCGCGGGGCACCUGCCCGUGGUGCGCGCCUUGCUGCGGCACGGCGCCUGCGUCAACAGCACGACGCUGACGAACUCGACCCCGCUGCGCGCCGCCUGCUUCGACGGCCACCUCGAGAUCGUGCGCUACCUGGUGGAGCACCGCGCCGACCUGGAGGUGGCGAACCGCCACGGGCACACGUGCCUCAUGAUCGCGUGCUACAAGGGCCACAGGGAGAUCGCGCGCUUCCUGCUGGAGCGCGGCGCCGACGUGAACCGCAGGAGCGUCAAGGGCAACACGGCGCUGCACGACUGCGCCGAGUCCGGCAGCCUGGACAUCAUGAAGAUGCUGCUCAAGUGCAACGCGCGCAUGGAGCGCGACGGCUACGGCAUGACGCCGCUGCUGGCCGCCAGCGUCACGGGCCACACGAACAUCGUGGAGUAUCUGGCGCACCAGGCGCGGACGUCGCGCGAGGAGCGCGUGGACGCGCUCGAGCUGCUGGGCGCCACCUUCGUGGACAAGAAGCGCGACCUGCUGGGCGCCAUGCGCUACUGGCGCCGCGCUAUGGAGCUGAGGCAGCCCGGCGAGCGGACGGGGGCCCUGGCGAAGCCGCCGCCGCGUCCCCCCGUUCCGGCCUACGACUGCGUGCAGGAGGCGAGCAGCGCCGAGGAGCUCGAGGCCCUCGUCACGGACCCGGACGAGAUGCGCAUGCAGGCGCUGCUGGUGCGCGAGCGCAUCCUGGGCCCCUCGCACCCGGACACGUCCUACUACAUCCGGUACCGCGGCGCCGUCUACGCCGACUCGGGCAACUUCGAGCGCUGCAUCAGCCUGUGGAAGUACGCGCUGGACAUGCAGCAGAGCCACCUGGACCCGCUGAGCCCCAUGACGGCGAGCAGCUUCCUCUCCUUCGCCGAGCUCUUCUCGUUCGUGCUACAGGACCGCGCCAAGGGCGCCCUGGCCACUCGCGUCACCUUCGCCGACCUCAUGGGCGUGCUCGGCAAGAGCGUGCAGGAGGUGGAGCGCGCCGUGGCGGUGCGCGACAGCCCGCCCGAGGCGCCGCAGUUCACCAAGGCCCUCGCCAUCAUCCUGCACCUGCUCUUCCUGCUGGAGAAGCUCGAGUGCACGGCCGAGCAGGAGCACACGAAGCGGCGCGCCGUGUACCGGCUCAUCAAGCUGAACCCGCGCGCACGCAACGGCUACAGCCCGCUGCACAUGGCCGUGGACAAGGAGACGACGGCGGUGGGCCGCUACCCGGUAGGGCGCUUCCCCUCACUGGCUGUGGCCACCCUGCUGCUGGAGUGUGGUGCCGACGUGGACUCACGCGACUGCGACAACAACACGCCGCUGCACGUGGCCGCCGCCAACGGUUGCCCGGAGAUCAUGGGCCUGCUGGUGCGCGCCGGCGCCCACUUCGACGCCACCAACGCCUGCCGCAAGACAGCCUAUGAGCUGCUGGAUGAGCAGAGUGCCGGACGCCACGCCUUGCACCCGCUCGGCUACGUGACGCUGCAGUGCCUGGCGGCGCGUGCCGUCGAGAAGCACAGACUGCCCUACAAGGGGCUCAUCUCAGAGGAGAUGGAGGCCUUCAUCGAACUGCACUGACCACCCGCGCCGCUGCCUCGUCCCUCUCCGCUCUCUUUUCUCAGGCUUAGACCGAAUCGAAGCAAUAACCGGCGUGACCGAUAGCGCUCGACAAACUCGUCCUGCCACCGUGGACGUUUCCUGCCUCUUCCUUCGCGCGUGACUUUUGGAGGGAAGCGUUUGAGGCUUUGCUCUUAGCGGGUGGGGCAUCCAACUCAUUUCCAUUUAGGCUUUUGCGGUUCCUCCUCCUUUGCGCCGAUUCGUUCUGGAGUGGAGGAGCAAAUGCUGACGCUCAUUUGUAGGUGGGGAGGUGGACCUGUGGGCAGGGAUGAGAAGUAGGUGAGGCUCCCCCGUUCGGGGAACUGUGCACUUUUCGACAUUUCUCUUAGAGUUGGCGACUCCGCUGGCCUUGGUGGUGUGGACUGUGGCUCCGCCCAUUUUAUCGGUCACCGCUGUGCUGCGAUUGGAGGGGAGCGGUGUGUUUCCGCCGUGCCGAGCCAUCCAAAUUCGAUUCGGGUGGUUGCGAAACGUCUGAACCACCACUCUAGGAAACCUCCGAGGGUUAGGGUUUGAACCUCUGACCCUAGGGCUCUGAGCUCAGUGCCCGAGUCGCGAUCUCAAUAUCACUUUGUGUGAAGCAGCCAAAAAUGACUGUUAAGCGUCGACUGGUAAACGCGACAGACGUCGCCGCGCUUGUUUUUGCUCGUUUCUCGCAGUAUUUAUGUGUCAUUUGAACCAAGUGGAGAUUCCCGUGCGGAUCUAACAGGGGUGUUUAAAAACGUGGUAAAGGCUGUCGAGACUCGGGGAAGUUACUGAGUCCGUGCAAGUUUACACCAGUGUGAAAGCAUUAUAUUAUUAUUGUUGUUGUUAUGAUUAUUUGCUUAUGAAAGGAAGUUUGAUGAAGCAGGCAGUUUUUUGGUGCGUAUGUCAGCAGAAAUGGGUUACAAGGUCAGGUGAUGAACUACACUUUGCCUCUUAGUCUUAUUUUUCUGUUUUGUUUUACCACAUUUUAUUGUUUGUUUGCUUCCGACUUUAUUCAAAGCACUUUGACAAAACCAUAGUACUUUAUUUUGCAUCUAGUCCUUGGACUCAUUAACUCUUGUUUUUGGUUUAACGGAUUAAUUUAAUAACACCUUUGGGACGCGACGAUGCUUUUGAGGUGCCUGAAUAAAUUUCAGAAACCAG